AUGCGGGUGACAACACUACUCAUUUUGCUGCUGCUCCAUCACGCGGCGUGGACGCUGAGAUUGGACAAAUGCAAUGCAAUCCCGUUGGGCAUGGAGUCCGGCGCCAUCACCGAUGCGCAAAUCACCGCCUCGUCGAGCUUCGAUCAACAAUCGGUUGGACCCCAAAAUGCGAGAAUACGAAGUGAAUUCGCCUCAGGCGCUUGGUGCCCGAAGAGUCAAAUUCAUCCGAAAAGCUAUGAGUUCAUUCAGGUGAAUCUCAACAAAACACAUGUGAUUACCGCCGUUGAGACCCAAGGUCGAUAUGGAAAUGGAACAGGAAGAGAAUACGCGACACAUUUCAUGAUCGACUAUUUGAGAGAAGGAGCUCAAUGGAUACGAUAUCGGAAUCGAUCGGGACAUGAACUUCUGGACGGAAACAAGGACACAAUGACGGCUCUGUUCACUAAACUUGAUCCUCCAAUUGUGGCCUCUCGAAUCAGAUUAGUGCCAUCGAGUAAACAGACGAGAACGAUGUGCAUGAGGAUUGAGCUACAUGGAUGUCUGAAUACAGAUGGCUUGAUGUUUUACUCUCUUCAUCCCGAAGGCUCGAGAGUUGGUUUCUUUGAUUUUCGAGAUCGAAACUUUGAGCAAGUCGAACAGUUCGCUGAGGAUGGAAUCAAGAGGGGUCUUGGCACUCUUUCUGAUGGAAACGCAAGUCAACGAUCGCCUUAUGAAGACACUCCAGAGAACAGCACGUGGAUUGGAUGGAAUCGAGAAAAGACGGAUGGAAAUGUGAGCAUCACAUUUGAGUUCGAUUAUGUGCGAAACUUUUCGAGUAUGGACUUCAAUGCGUUUGGUGAAAGGAUGGAGCAAAUUGAUGUGAUAUUCAGCCAAGACGGGAUCAACUUCCCACUCGCCUCGCAAAUCUCUUCCCUUGAUCAAUCCGCAAAUCGAUCAAUGAGACUCUUCAAUUUGAAGCUACCACUUCAUCGAAGACCCGGAAAAGUGCUUAAGAUCUCUUUCCGUUUCGCCACCGAAUGGUUUUUCCUCUCCGAGAUCAACUUCAAUUCAACACCACUCCAACGACCCGUUCCAUUCGUAUUUAAACGAAUCGUUUUGUACAAUCACGCGGAUGAAGUUGGAGAGAAAGAGAUUGUUUUGAUCGAGCCGGAGAAAGGAGGAGUUGACUAUUCAAUUCUUUAUUAUGCGGGAUUAGCUCUGAUGGCCGUGUUGUGCACAACUUGCAUCCUCUGCUGUUUGUUGUGCCUUCGACGGCGAAGACCAAGAGAAAAGGAGGCUUUGGAUAUCUAUGAAGGUGAAACCCGAGCUGCAAUGAUCGUCACGACGAUGGGCAGCAAUCGAACCUAUCCAACGCAUUCCUACAUCAAUCAGUUGAAUUCGAUGUUUUCCGGGGAGAAAACUGUUAGCACUAGUCUAUCAUCGAAAAGCAACAGUUCAACGAGAUCGGCUAAAACCGAAGCCCCGUCAUGGCAAGAUUUUCAUUUCCCACCUCCGCCAAAAACUCCCGUAGUACAUGAAGCUGAAGGACCCUAUGCUGAGCCAUCUCUAACCCUGCCUCUUCUCCCAUCACAACACCGACCACCAGCACCGCCAAGAAUGGGUGCAAACACGCUAAACAAGAACCCAAAGAAACACAAAAUGUACGUCGAUGACAGUCUUCACUAUGCUACAUCAAAUAUUUUUACGACUUACGGGUUUGACAACGUGAAGAAAGUGCACAAUCAUGAGCUUGAAAUUGGAGCGGAUCUCGGCGAGGGAAAGUUCACUCUAGUGAGGGAAUGUCGAGGACCCGGCAUCCCGAGAGCUGCUCACAAAUGUGCUAAAGAGCGGGGGAAUAUUCAUGCCAGAAGAACCCUUCUGGAUGAACUCCGAGUUCUCUCCACUCUCAAUCAUCCACGAGUCGUUCGACUUCUCGCAAUGGAUGAAGACGCGGGGAUGAUCCUUGAGCUAGCCGAGCAUGGAGAUAUCCGAACACUCUUGAAGUCGAAUAGAAGAUUGGGAUUGGACAAUCUAUUGACAAUGUGUGUGGAUGUGGCUCUGGGAAUGGAAUACCUUGAGACACAGGGUGUCAUUCAUGGACAUCUCACUCCUGGAAAUGUGCUUGUUGAUUGUAAUUUGAGGGCAAAGGUCUCCUCACCUCGGGGUCAAACUCAUCACGCUCAACUCCGUUACAGUGCUCCAGAAAGCAUAAUAAUGAACGAAUGGUCAAACAAGUCGGAUAUGUGGGCAUAUGGUGUGACUACUUGGGAAAUCGUUCAAUUUGGGGAACACUUACCGUUCGAAGGGUUUAGCAAUGCGGAGAUCAUGGAGAACGCUGAGAAGAUGCUGGCUGGAGAUGAGAAUACGAUGUACCUCGUCUUACCCGAAACGGUUCCCCGUGUCUUCCACGAAGCUCUCUCAAAAGUUUUCCGAGCUGAUCCCAAUCUCCGACCAAGCUUCGCCGAUAUCACCGCCAAGAUUGCGAAUUUCUAUGAAUCU